AUGGGGGAGACCUAUGAGGAAAUUCCUCCUGAAAAACUGCAAUCCUUGAAGGGCAUCAAGCCAUGUGUGGACUUCAGAAAAGACCAUCUGCAGGCCCGGAGCCUGGGCCCUUAUCUGACCCCAGGGGAAGAGGAGGAGGAGGUGCUGAUGCUGAAGCAGGCCAGAGAGAACCUGGGGGCUGAGGGUGGGUUCCCUGAGCCAGCUCUGAUAGUACCAGAAAAUCCAGGGUUGGGCUGCCUGCUAAGGCAGGUCUCCUACUACAGCCGAACCAGCGGGAGCACCCAGAGCCAGGGCACAGAGCAGGCCUCCAUGGAUUGUUUUAAGAACAUAGCAGACCCUCUAAGGAAGGGACUCCUCCCAGCUGAGGAGUUUAUUAGAAGCAGCCUCGGAGUUGGCAGGAGCCUUAGAGACUGCCUGAGCCAGUCCAGAAAGCUGGCUCAGGAGCUUGGGAGCAAGAGAGUAAAACCAGCCAAGUUUGGGACAGAAGGGAAGGAAAGGGUUGAGCAGUGAACAGAAAGACAAAGAACAGGCAGUUCCAAAGAGCCAAGAAUGCAAAUCAUUUGCAGACGCCGCUGGUGAGAGCCUCCACCAAGGCUGCUGUGGGGGUGCCUGACGCUGUGGGCACAGCCACUUCUACACGUCAUGGUGAGCGUGAGCCCAUGUGUGUGA